CUUAGUCACAUUCAGGCGACGGAGGAGGAACUGGACACUCUUAUAUUCGGUAUUGUUGACAGUCUGUUUUCAGUUUUUGCUACUCUCGGUGUGGUACCAAUUAUACGUGCACCGAGAGGCAAUGCUGCUGAGCAUGUGGCUCUUAAGCUAGAGGCUCGCUUCCGUGAUUGCCUUCGCGAUUCUCGAAAUGGCCUCUUUAACAUUGCAAAAACCCGUAGCAUCGUGCCUUCUGGAGCAUCUGCACCAGUUGACGGCGUUUGGUCUUCUCCACAGUUUUUGUUUUAUCGCCCUUUGUUAAUUCUUCUUGAUAGGAGCAUCGAUCUAGCAACUCCUUUACACCAUCCAUGGACAUACCAAAGUCUUUUGCACGAUAUAUAUGUAUUGGAGCUUGAUUAA